UCACACCUAUCGCUAGCAGGUGGCCCCACCGACUCAGUCGCACAGCAGCCCCUUCUCUGCCUCCGCUCGCGAGGCGGACGCUGCCGUAACCACCGCGCGAUGACACCAGACUCCAGUUGGCUCAAGGGCCCUCCAACCAACUCGUCUGCGUGGAAGAUAAAAGCUCCCUAGGGUCUCGCCCACACUGUCGUAUUCCCACCGCCGUCCUGCAAUCGCCGUGAGCUGAGAGGGAGAUUCACGCCGCUGCCGUGGGAUUCACACCAGCGCCUCCGCUUGGGUGCCAAUCGCCCGCUCGCAAGCUUCGCCGAGUCGUGGGGAAGGUUUCCGAAGGCCAACGCUAAGGAUUUGUCGUCGGGACCCAGGGAAUUCAUCACCGGAGUUGCGCCCGACCGCGGAGCCGCUCCUCGCCGUGGUUCUCCCUGCACUGCGACCCUCGUUGUCGGCUCCCAGGUUAAAUUACCUCCCCACCAAUCAAAAUUCGAGCAUAUGAGGAUCAACAUGACUACUUUCUAGCUCAAUUUCAGAAGGCUCCAAUGCACAAAUCCAAGCUAGAUAACUUGACAUAGUCAAUCAUUCCUAACGAAGCCAAAGGCAAUGAUUUCACAGGGAUAAAAAGCCUUGGGACCAUAGCUAGUGGAAGCUUCAUGAUGAGCCAGUUUCGAAGUGGUGCAAUGGUAUCUCAGUACGAAUUUAAUACACUAUAACCCCGAGUACAUUUUUGAAACUGAUCACUACUCUUCCAUUUGUGAUUAAGUAUAGAAUAUUUAAACACAAAUGCAUGCAGGUUAUUUUGGUCCGUACGGCGAUGCAAUUUUUGUGUCCGUACAGUGAUGCUAUUUUUAUUUAUGAUUAAGUAUAGAAUAUUUAAACACAAAUGCAUGCAGGUUAUUUUGGUUAGUUAGUUGUGAAUGUGGGCUGAGAGCCAACAAACUUUGUUUGAAUUUCCAUUUGUGCGUUAAUUAUAACUUUUACCAUUUUAGUUUCUUAAGUCGUCAAAAAUAAUUCAAAGUAAAAAAAGGGCCAUCGAUAAUUUCUAAGAAAGUAACUCCUAAAAUAUAUAAAAAACAGAUUUAAAGAGAGCUUUUUAGGAGGCGUAGUUUUUUUUUACGAGGGAUGAUAUGCUUGCACGACAUUCUGGUCGCGGCCAGUGGCGGAUCCAGGAUUGAUCUAAGAGGGGGGCUAUUAAGCUAAGGCUAAUUUUUUUUAAACCAAACAAAAAAAUAUAAUUGAUGUUUAAUAUGACACCAGAAUCAAGAUAUAAUUUAAACAUUUAAGAAAUAUGUAUCAAAAAAUGUAUGACUAAAUUUGUUCAUCUUAUUCUUAUAAACAUGGAACUACUACCAAAUAAAUAAUCAAAUCAAAACUUCAAACUAAAGCAAACAAUAUCACACGUUUCACCUUAGACAGGGGUGUGGUCGCUGCUUGGCUGCUUGUGCAGAUCCGCGCGCAGGACAACGAGCGGCUGGGCGGGGCGGCGGCUGGACGACGGGUUGACAACUUGGACGUAGCGGCGGGGCGGCAAGUAGGGCGACUGGGCGAGCGACUGCCGACUGGGCUGGGUGAGCACCGAGCGGCGAGCAGGCAGCACCACAGCGGCUGUGCGAGCGCCGGGCAGGCAGCAUCGCAGUGGCUGGGCGAGCGACGGCGGGCAAGCAGCGAUGGGCAGGCAGCGGCUGCUGGCUGGGCGAGUAGGGCGAGACACUGGGCUAGGCCUUUUUCCUGUCACUGUAUUUGCUAGGCCGCGACCGGGGCUGCAGCCCGGGCAGCCCCGGGCGCAGAUCCGCCACUGGUCGCGGCCGUCUCCAUCCGCGCCACGGCGCGGCCACGCGACUUGGACUUCGUCACUACCGUCGGACCGUGCCUCGCGUUGAAGGAGACAGGCAACCUCAACCUGGCAUGAGAGCAGUGGCGGAGCUCUAUAAAAUUAACGCCCCGGGCCACUCUAUAAAACUUGAAGGUUAAUUUAAACAGUCCCUAAUAUAUUGUACAACUAAAUAUACCGCUAGAAAAAUAUACCACAAACAUAGACUAAAAUAGUAUUUACUUUAAUUCAGCAUCUAAAAAUAUAAUAAACUUGAUAAAAACAUAAAGGUACCUAAUUAGAGACGAUUUGGUCCUUCUCCGCCUCUAAUAACUUUAUCAACAUUAGUACGUGAAUUUGAAACUACAUAUUGCAAGUUAAAUAUUUAUAUAAAAUGAGAGAUACAACAUGACAAUAUCAAUCUACCAUCACAUAAACAUUUAACAAUCUAGUAUUUAGCUCGUUGUUUACUAGUAACAAAAAAGAAGCUAAGAAAAUGAGAAGCGCUUACAGAUAGUAGGACUUGCUGGCGGCUGGCCGAGUCACGAGUGGGCACUGGCCGUCUGGCCGUUUGGCCGAGUGUUACUUCACGGAAUCAUCACAUAGACGCAUAGGAAUAUUCGAAUAUGCACCGAACGCCUCACCUUGCUUCCUGCUGGUUGAACGCACGACGCACCGCGCACGCCGGCCGCACGGAACCUGGACGCGGGACGCCUGGCUCACUGGCUGGAUGGUUGGCUGGACCGGACCUGGCGACUUGCCGCUGCCGCGUCGACGGCCAGCCGGAUGGGGAGACGCCGGGCGCGGACGACGCACGGGCAGGGCGGUAAUCGGCACGGACGCAGAACACUGCAGGGCGACGGCCGACGACGAACGACGGACCGUGGAGGCGUCGGGCACGGACCUAACUCCACUCAUCCACCAGUCUGCGCCGACAGCCGCACGGCGCAUCGGCUGGCAGGCCUCUGUGUUUGGCCCGUUAGGGUUUAUUUUAGGCCAAAAUCUGUAGUACGCACUACAUAUAUAAAAUUGUUUUGGGCUACGACCCGGGCCACGGCCCAGGUGGCCCUGGUCUGAUAUCCGCCCCUGCAUGAGAGUAUGUGGACAUACGACUGCGCGUAUUUUUCGGUGCAGAGGGCUUAAUUUUCUCAGGUGAUAAGAGUUUGGAGAGUGGGUUUCGAGAGUCGGUAGAGAGAUAUUUUUAAUCUUGUAAAAAAUAGAUUAGGAGAAUAAUUUGGGAGGUCUAGGAUAUACUCUUGCUCAAUAUAAAUACUCUCGCAUUUCAACUUUUCAACGAGGGAAGAAGCGGGAGGAGUCCACGUGGAACCCAUACCCGAGCGACGGGGGGAGGCCCUGCUCAUUGGAGACCGGCCCCCGCGGGCCCAGGUCCCAGCUUCCUCCCCCGCAGGUCGCAACACACAGUCCCCGCUGCCGCUACGGUGGCCGGUGGCCGGUGGGUGACAGGCGAUCGCGCGGUGGGUGGUCGUCGGGUGCACAAGCACAACACAAUGCGGUCAGGGAAAAGCGCGAGGCGAAUCCACUCCACCGCUCGGCCUCGUCGGUAGCGGCACGCCCCAACACAACUUUUCAGGCCUUCUCAUUGUGCGUCUGUGCCUGCCCGGGGAGCCCAAAAUUAUUAACCGGCGGCCUCAGCACACCGCCCCUCACCCCACUCACCGCAAAUUUUCGGGUCCGUGAUCACGCGGCCACGCGUCGACGCAGUGGUGGCUGGAGAGCCCCGAAUCGCGGACAGCGUAUGAAUCCCCUUCAGGUUUUAAUAGAAGAGAAAAUAGAUUAGGAGAAUAAUUUGGGAGGUCUAGGAUAUACUCUUGCUCAAUAUAAAUACUCUCGCAUUUCAACUUUUCAACGAGGGAAGAAGCGGGAGGAGUCCACGUGGAACCCAUACCCGAGCGACGGGGGGAGGCCCUGCUCAUUGGAGACCGGCCCCCGCGGGCCCAGGUCCCAGCUUCCUCCCCCGCAGGUCGCAACACACAGUCCCCGCUGCCGCUACGGUGGCCGGUGGCCGGUGGGUGACAGGCGAUCGCGCGGUGGGUGGUCGUCGGGUGCACAAGCACAACACAAUGCGGUCAGGGAAAAGCGCGAGGCGAAUCCACUCCACCGCUCGGCCUCGUCGGUAGCGGCACGCCCCAACACAACUUUUCAGGCCUUCUCAUUGUGCGUCUGUGCCUGCCCGGGGAGCCCAAAAUUAUUAACCGGCGGCCUCAGCACACCGCCCCUCACCCCACUCACCGCAAAUUUUCGGGUCCGUGAUCACGCGGCCACGCGUCGACGCAGUGGUGGCUGGAGAGCCCCAAAUCGCGGACAGCGUAUGAAUCCCCUUCAGGUUUUAAUAGAAGAGAUGAGGUGAUCGAAGUGACUAGCAAUUUGCAGGCUCAAAUGGGGUUAAACCAAGACAACAUGCAACUUGCGGUGAAUGAGUUUAUCCCUCAAUAGUAAUUUAUCAACGAAUCAGAAUAAAUGGCCCCCGAAGAUCCUAUAGAUUUGGAAGGGGAUUUUCACAAUCAAACAAAUGAUCAGUCACAUGAUUUAAUUUUCUUCGAUCAAUCGGGAUGAACCGCUUGUUACCUUAGAGCCAUUGGGCAAGAUGUCACCUUUACCAUAGAAGACCUCAUGGCUAGAAUUUAUGGGCAAUCUUCAAGCUCCUCAAAAGAUUUUAAGAUUAGCUCAACCCCAUAACUUGCUCAGUUAUUCGCAUGGUGGGAAAUGUGAAGAUUAGGCUAACAAGUGACAACUACCUUUAAAUUUGCUGUCUAAUAUGGUAUGGUUGAACUUCUAAAAGUGCUUAUCUAUCCUCGCUCCUCGGCUUGAUGAUUUAGGCCUAGAAACGGCUGGCUUGGCAAUUGUACCUUUCAAACCUGCAUGGGCUACUCAACUUCUAACCCUUUAGGCCUCUAUUUUGGUUUCACCUAGAUCUGCCCCCUCAUUCUAACAUGGAUGUCUGUACUCCUGUACUUAUUGAGCAGGAGGGACAUCAGGUUGGGGGCUUCGAUGCCUCCUAGGGGCCCCUGGUGGCCUCUAGGGUGGUGUAUGAUAGCAUGGUGAACCUGGGUGCAUGGCUUAAAAUUCCUAGGCUAACAUCUAUUUCUAACCCUGCUUCCACUAGUUGUUUCUUAGGUUUGUGGGAGUCCAAGACUCAACUUGAUUAUGAAGACCCAACUUGUUCCACUGGCAGAUAGACCCAAGAAGAAGAGUAGAAUGAUUUAUGAACAUGUCAACCUAGAGGCUUCGUGUCAGGGAUAUGGUCCUCGGUUCAUGGGGCCCAUCAGAUGGCAAGCACACUGGGGAAAUGGCCCUGACAUCUGCGGCCCAUCGGUUAGCUAGAGGAGAUAGGUAAUGUCUACCCUAAAAGACCCCCCUCGGACGAACCCCGUGGCACUGAGCUUGGUGUCGGGUGUAGCGGACCCUAACAGGGGGCCGAGCGUGUCGAAGGGAAACCACUCGAGUGGAUCCCGACUCGAGACUUGAAAGGGAAUUAGGCUUACACCUAGUCCCUAAUUAAUUUUGGUGGUUGAGUUGCCCAACACAAAUAAUUGGACUAACAAGUUUGCUCAAGUGUAUAGAUUAUACAGGUGUAAAAGGUUCACACUCAGCCAAUAAAAAGAUCAAGUUUUGGAUUCAACAAAGGAGGAAAGAGGCAACCGAAGGCACCUCUGGUCUGGGGGCACCGGACUGUCCGGUGCACCAGAGGACUCCAACUCGAACUCGCUACCUUCGGGAAUCUCCAACGGCUAGUCCGCUAUAAUUCACCGGACAUGUCCGGUGUACACCGGACUGUCCGGUGCAACUCCGGAGCAACGGCUAUUCGGCGCCAACGGCUACCUGCAACGCAAUUAAUGCGCGCGCAGCGCGCGCAGAAGUCAGGCGCGCCCAUACUGGCGCACCGGACAUGGUACAAUGCAUGUCCGGUGCGCACCGGACAUCCAGGCGGGCCCACAAGUCAGAAGCUUCAACGGUCAGAAUCCAACGGCAGUGAUGAUGUGGCGGGGGCACCGGACAUGUCCGGUGUGCACCGGACAUGUCCGGUGUGCACCGGACUGUCCGGUGCGCCAUCGAACAGACAGCCUCCACCAACGGUCAAGUUUGGUGGUUGGGGCUAUAAAUACCCCAACCACCCCCACAUUCAUUGCAUCCAAGUUUUUCACUUCUCAACCACUUACAAGAGCUAGGCAUUCAAUUCUAGACACACCAAAGAGAUCAAAUCCUCUCCAAUUCCACAAAAAGCUUUAGUGAUUAGCGAGAGAGAUUUGCCGUGUUCUUUUGAGCUCUUGCGCUUGGAUUGCUUCUUUUCUUUCUCACUUGCUCUUGUGAUCAACACUCAAUUGUAAUAAAGGCAAGAGGCACCAAUUGUGUGGUGGCCCUUGCGGGGAAGUUUUAUUCCCGGCUUUGAUUUGAGAAGAGAAGCUCACUCGGUCCGAGGGACCGUUUGAGAGAGGGAAGGGUUGAAAGAGACCCGGCCUUUGUGGCCUCCUCAACGGGGAGUAGGUUUGAGAGAACCGAACCUCGGUAAAACAAAUUCGCGUGUCUCACUUCACUAUUCGCUUACGAUUUGUUUUGUGCCCUCUCUUGCGGACUUGAUUAUAUUUCUAACGCUAACCCGGCUUGUAGUUGUGAUUAUUUUUGUAAAUUUCAGUUUCGCCCUAUUCACCCCCCCCCUCUAGGCGACUUUCAAUUGGUAUCAGAGCUCGGUGCUUCAUUAGAGCCUAACCGCUCGAAGUGAUGUCGGGAGAUCACGCCAAGAAGGAGAUGGAGACCGGCGAAAAGCCCACUACAAGCCACGGGAGCACUUCAUCGGAAGAGUCCCGCACCAAGAGGAAGGAGAAGAAGAAGAGCUCCUCCAACAAAGGGAAGGAGAAGAAAUCUUCUUCUCACCACAAAGAGAAGAAGGAGAGAUCUUCCUCUCACAAGCCACAUCGGAGUGGGGACAAGCACAAGAGGAUGAGGAAAGUGGUCUACUAUGAGACCGACACUUCAUCAACAUCGACCUCCGGCUCCGAUGCGCCCUCCGUAACUUCUAAACGCCAAGAGCGUAAGAAGUUUAGUAAGAUCCCCUUACACUAUCCUCGUACAUCUAGACAUACUCCAUUACUUUCUGUUCCAUUAGGCAAACCACCAACCUUUGACGGUGAAGAUUAUGCUAGGUGGAGUGAUUUAAUGAAAUUUCAUCUAACCUCACUCCACAAAAGUAUAUGGAAUGUUGUUGAGUUUGGAGCACAGGUACCAUCCGUAGGGGAUGAGGAUUAUGAUGAGGACGAAGUGGCCCAAAUCGAGCACUUCAACUUCCAAGCCACAACCAUACUCUUGGCCUCUCUAAAUAGAGAGGAAUACAACAAGGUGCAAGGGUUGAAGAAUGCAAAGGAAAUUUGGGACCUCCUCAAGACCGCGCACGAGGGUGAUGAACUAACAAAGAUCACCAAGCGGGAAACGAUCGAGGGGGAGCUCGGUCGCUUUCGACUCCGCCAAGGGGAAGAGCCACAAGACAUGUACAACCGGCUCAAGACUUUGGUGAACCAAGUGCGCAACCUUGGGAGCAAGAAGUGGGAUGACCACGAGGUGGUUAAGGUUAUUCUUAGAUCACUCAUUUUCCUUAACCCCACUCAAGUUCAAUUAAUUCGUGGUAAUCCUAGAUAUACUCAAAUGACCCCCGAGGAAGUUAUCGGGAAUUUUGUGAGCUUUGAAUGUAUGAUCAAGGGCUCCAAGAAGAUCAACGAGCUUGAUGAACCCUCCACGUCCGAAGCACAACCGGUGGCAUUCAAGGCGACGGAGGAGAAGAAGGAGGAGUCUACACCGAGUAGACAACCAAUUGAUGCCUCCAAGCUCGACAAUGAGGAGAUGGCUUUGAUAAUCAAAAGCUUUCGCCAAAUCCUCAAGCAACGGAAGGGGAAGGAUUACAAAUCCCGUUCCAAGAAGGUUUGCUACAAGUGUGGUAAGCCCGGUCACUUUAUCGCUAAAUGUCCAUUAUCAAGUGACAGUGACAGGGAUAACGACAAGAAGGGAAAGAGGAAAGAAAAGAAGAGGUACCACAAGAAGAGGGGCGGCGAUGCCCACGUGUGCCGCGAGUGGGACUCCGACGAGAGCUCCACCGACUCCUCCUCUGACGAGGACGCCGCCAACAUCGCCGUCACCAAGGGACUCCUCUUCCCCAACGUCGGCCACAAGUGCCUCAUGGCAAAGGACGGCAAAAGGAAGAAGGUAAAAUCAAGAUCCUCCACUAAAUAUGAAACCUCUAGUGAUGAGGAUGAUGCUAGCAAUGAGGAGGAUAACUUGCGCGUUCUUUUUGCCAACCUUAACAUGGAACAAAAGGAAAAACUAAAUGAGCUAAUUAGUGCCAUCCAUGAAAAGGAUGACCUCUUGGAUUCCCAAGAGGACUUACUAAUCAAGGAAAAUAAAAAGCAUGUUGUAACACCCACUCUGUAAUUUGUUAGAAAUAAUAUCAAUAGAGAAACAAUUUCUCCUUAUGUGAGCUUAACCUUUAUGCAUCAUUACAUGUGUACACCCUAGGUAAAAACAAAUAAUUAUAAUUAAUAACAUAAAAGCCACUAAAAUAUGCAUCAUGCAUUCAUGCUGGGAUUUUAUUUUGUGCAUUUUGUGACAACAUAAAAUAAUGUGAAAGGAAAUAUAUCAAAUUCUCUAAAGGGGGAAUUCAAGAGUUUGAGCAAGAGAAGAAAGAAUACUAAACAAAGAUAAAGACAAUAAAUAUAAGGAAAUUAGUUAAACCUUCCUAUUUGUGUUCAACUUGUACAUAAAAAAAAGAAUAUAAGUUCACAUAUUAAAACUGAAUUCAAAUUUGAAUUCUAGAAAUUGAAAAGAGAAAGAAAAGGAAAAGAAAAUGAAAUAAAAUAAAGGAAAACGGUACCUGGGCCUAAUCUUCCGAAGUCGGCCCAUUUACCUCACGCAACCUAUCCACGCGGCCCAAACUCUUCUCCACCGCGCGCGCGCCUGGCAUGCGGGCCCGGUCAGGCAGCCGUUGCGCGGUUUCCCCUUCGUCCCGGUGUCUCUGUCGCGUGGGCCCUGCCGUCAGUCGCACACCGCGCGCUGCUUGAACAAACUCUCCGACUAUGGCGGACGGCCGCCGGGGUUCCUGCGAUCGGCGCGGACUCUUCCCCCUUCACCCGUUAAAUGGGAGCUGAGUCGCAGCCUUUCCUCCUCUUCGUCCUGCGCACAACAUUAGCCGCGCCGCCGCCAUAACCCCGCAUACGGAUUUGAUCGCGUGUGUUGCGCCGCCGCCGCGGAUACGCUCGACCUUCGUCGCCAAGGGCCGUGCCGCCGCUCGGGGGUCGUAAAGGUGUGCCCGAGCGUUCGCCGAACCACGUGGAAACCGUACGUGCGCUCAGACCGUGGCGACUGGCACCCGAACGGCGGGAAUUGCUCGCCGGUCGUCAUCCUCCGCCGUGUAGCCGCCCCGCUGCGUGGGCAUUGAUCAUCGUUGCUCCUUUCUCGGGUAUGUAACUCUGAUCGCGUUCGCCAUAUCCUGUGCUACGUGUGUCCCAGUUCAGAUCGAAGCUUUAGGCGCGGGGUCGGGUAUUGGUGGAUUCCGGCGAUGGUGCUCCACCGUGGGGGCCCUGGUCGUCCCUUCGGCCGUAGGCUGGGGUAGAAGACGUGGCCACCACCGUCACUUGUUAGAUGUACGGCUCGGAUUAAAAACUGGGUACCGAUUCGGACGCGUUUGCCUGAGACCGUUGAUUAGAGAUCCGAUGGUAGGGAUCAGAUCUGGGCAUCGUAAAACCUUGGCCGUUGAUCUUAGAUCAUGUGGAUUCCAUUACGUACCGAUUCGCGGACGCGGCGAUCUGAUCCGGCGCAUUCGUUUUGGAUCUGACGGCCAGAAACCACUGAGACCCCUUCGCGGGUACAUUUUGCUAAAGAAACCCUAGGGUAUUUUAUAAUGAACCCGCCGUUCCACUUCCAUUGUUCUCUGUGUCUAGAACGACUUACCCCGAGCCCCCUGUGCUUAACUGAAAUUGAGGCCCAGUCCAGUAGUGAAUUAAAUGGAUUAAAUGAAAUAGAAAUUGGAUUUUUAAUAUGAAAAUAAACCUUAGAACUUGUUUAUUCCAUAGAAAAUGCAUAUGAACUCCAAAU